GUAAAGGAAAACGAAUCGACUUUGAAGAUUUGACAAUUGAUAUCGAUGAAAAUAACGGGAACGAAUGGACCGAAGUAACAAAUAAAAAGAAAAAGGCAAAAAAUAUAGACAACACGGCAAUAGAUCCUGAAGUAAUAGAAGAAGAUAAAGAAUCAGUAUUAUCAUAUGAGACAGAUAAUAGCGAAAAAAUUGAAUUUGUAAAAAAAGCCAUUAGAGCAAAAACUGAAUUAACCCUAGUCAGA